UUUUCUGCCAAGAACAAGAAUUUAUAUGUUUAGAUUUCUAAUCAAGCUGCUGUUUGUCUCCUCGGUACAGAUGGAAUCAACCAGAACAGAAGCACUAACGGGGAGGGACACUGCUGAGAAAAAAAAUCCCCACGACACACUGAGGCGAAUCAGCAGCAAAGCCAAAGCAGCCAUCCACUUAGAAGGGAGUUAUGAUGAUGAUGAUGAAGAAUGGAGUUUGCCAGCCACGUUGGAGUGGAGGUGCGGUCAGGGCCAGGCCUUUGCUCAGGGCGGCUUCCAACUGGUAGAAAACCAGAUUGUGAUCCCGCAUUCCGGCCUCUACUUCGUCUACAGCCAGGCAUCAUUCAGAGUUUCCUGCAGCGAUGGUGACGAGCAGGGAGCGGGAAGAAAUCUCACACCUCUCAGCCACAGGAUCUGGCGCUAUUCGGACUCUGUGGGCACCAAGGCCUCACUGAUGAGCGCGGUGAGGUCGGUAUGUCAGCACACUCCUCAGGAUGACGACGACGACAGAGUGGAGCAGGGCUGGUACAACGCCAUAUAUCUUGGUGCUGUGUUUCAGCUGAAUAGCGGAGACAAACUCUGGGCAGAAAUCAACCAGCUUUCAGCGCUUGAGACCGAUGAUGGCAAGACUUUCUUUGGUGUGUUUGCACUUUGAAAUGACUGUGAUAUACUGUGAUACUAGGUACAAUGUUCUGUACAUGGCCAUUCAUUUUUUGCUUUUUUAACAGUA